AUGCCAAAACUUGGAAGUUUCAACUCCAGCUCCCUCCUUCUAAUUUCUCUUUUAUGGACCAUCUCUUUUUCUGCACACAAUAUUGGCGCUAUCAACACAAAAAACUUUCAUUUCAAAGAAGCCCCAAAAUUCUACAAUUCCCCAACUUGUCCUUCUCUUCAUGACUACUACUACAACUCCUCCACCGACACAAAUAUUACACAAAUUUGCUUUCAAAAUGCAGUAAAUGUAGCCAUGACUCUUGAUGCUGCUUAUCUUCGAGGUUCAAUGGCUGCCAUUCUUUCUGUUCUUCAACAUUCAUCUUGCCCUGAAAAUGUUAUUUUUCACUUUGUCGCUUCGUCGUCGUCUUCUGCUAACAUUGAUUAUUUGAAUCUCAAACUUGCUACUUCUUUUCCUUAUCUACAUUUCACAAUUUAUCCCUUCCGAGAUUCACCUGUGGCUGGAUUGAUAUCUACUUCGAUUCGCGCUGCUUUGGAUUGUCCUCUAAAUUAUGCUCGCAAUUAUCUACCUGAUCUUCUUCCUCAAUGUAUCCAAAAGGUUGUGUACCUGGAUUCAGAUCUUGUUCUUGUAGAUGACAUUACGAAGCUAGCAGCAACACCGCUAGGUGAAGAAGCAGUUCUAGCAGCACCAGAAUAUUGCAAUGCAAAUUUCACAACCUAUUUCACUCCUACUUUCUGGUCAAACCCUUCUCUUUCCUUGACUUUUGCGAAUCGAAAGCCUUGUUAUUUCAAUACGGGAGUUAUGGUAAUUGAUCUCGAAAGAUGGAGAGAUGGAGAUUAUACUACAAAGAUUGUAGAAUGGAUGGAGCUUCAAAAAAGAAUGAGAAUUUAUGAAUUAGGUUCAUUACCACCUUUUUUACUUGUUUUUGCUGGAAAUAUUGCUCCAGUUGAUCAUAAAUGGAACCAACAUGGACUUGGAGGUGAUAAUUUUCGAGGACUUUGUCGGGAUUUGCACCCCGGUCCGGUUAGUUUACUGCAUUGGAGCGGAAAAGGCAAACCGUGGGUCCGGCUCGAUGCAAGCCGGCCUUGCCCGUUAGAUGCCCUUUGGGCACCUUAUGAUCUGUUGCAAACCCCUUAUGUUCUUGAAUCUUAAGAAGUUGAAGCACAAGAGAGAGUAGAGAUCUGUGUACUAGUUCAUAAGGAGAUCCUCCUCAAUUGUGUUGUGUAACAUGUACAGUAAGAUUUUGUUUUCAUGUCUAAGGUAACGGCUGUUUCUUGUAUAUUAUUGGAGUAUACA